CCCCGGUAUAAAGUCGGCCGGACACAGCUCGCUCGAGGACUCGACGUUUCAUCCUCGUCGCGGAUUCACCGUGUGCUUCGCUUUCUUUUGCCGUUGCAUUUGUUACAAGCCUAGUGCGAUCGGUUUUGGCGAUUUCGAAGAUCGAUCCGAUCUAGUCAUUUGUGUUACCAUCAGAGAUACCUUUUUGAUAUCGAAAAUGUGCGACGACGACGUAGCCGCUCUCGUGGUUGACAAUGGAUCGGGAAUGUGCAAGGCUGGUUUCGCCGGCGACGACGCGCCUCGAGCCGUCUUUCCAUCCAUCGUCGGCAGGCCCCGCUAUCAGGGCAUCAUGGUCGGCAUGGGCCAGAAGGACUCCUACGUAGGCGACGAGGCCCAGUCCAAGCGCGGUGUCCUCACGGUUAAAUAUCCGAUCGAGCACGGAAUAGUCACCAACUGGGAUGACAUGGAGAAGAUCUGGCAUCACACCUUCUACAACGAGCUGCGCAUCGCCCCAGAGGAACAUCCCGUUCUCCUCACCGAGGCUCCUCUCAACCCUAAGGCCAACCGAGAGAAGAUGACGCAGAUCAUGUUCGAGACGUUCAACUCGCCGGCUAUGUACGUAGCUAUUCAGGCUGUCCUGUCGCUCUAUGCAUCUGGCAGGACCACCGGCAUCGUGCUCGACAGUGGCGAUGGCGUUUCGCACACUGUGCCUAUUUACGAAGGAUAUGCUCUACCCCACGCAAUACUACGUCUGGAUCUGGCCGGACGCGACUUGACCGACUACCUAAUGAAAAUCCUUACCGAACGUGGUUACUCAUUCACGACGACUGCCGAGCGUGAAAUCGUUCGUGACAUCAAGGAGAAGCUUUGCUACGUCGCCCUGGACUUCCAGCAAGAGAUGUCCACUGCUGCCGGAUCCAGUGCACUCGAAAAGAGCUACGAACUUCCCGAUGGACAGGUGAUUACAAUCGGCAACGAGCGUUUCCGCUGCCCAGAAGCAAUGUUCCAACCCUCUUUCCUGGGCAUGGAAUCGAGCGGCAUUCACGAGACGACCUACAACUCAAUCAUGAAGUGCGACGUGGAUAUACGUAAGGAUCUCUACGCCAACUCCGUUCUCUCGGGCGGCACCACCAUGUACCCGGGCAUAGCCGAUCGUAUGCAGAAGGAGAUCACCGCCUUGGCUCCGUCCACGAUGAAGAUCAAGAUAAUCGCACCGCCUGAACGCAAGUAUUCGGUAUGGAUCGGUGGCUCUAUUCUUGCCAGUCUCAGCACCUUCCAGCAGAUGUGGAUCUCCAAGCAGGAGUACGACGAGUCCGGGCCAUCAAUUGUGCACAGAAAGUGCUUCUAAGACGGUCGCGAUUCUUACACACUCCUUGUAGGCUUACACGACUAAAAUUAGGACUAAUCGUUAUGCUGCGCGUACAAAAAAUCAAAUUAAUUACAACAAUUUAUUAACUAUCUUUCGCGAGUGAAAUAUUUAUUUCUCAUAUUCGUCGUGUACAUAAAAACAACUUAUUGAGUUUUGCAAAUUUUAUUCCACUCUAUAUGGUUAUGAUUUUCAGCAUCAGGACAACAGAUGCUUGAGGCACGCGACUGCCGUAUCUGACUUGAGUUUUAUUUAUUCGCCUUUACUGAAUAUAUUCACUGUUAAGAUAAUAUGUAAUAAUAUCUUAGUUUAAGUUUAGAUUGUUGAAUUUUUAUAGAAAAAAAGAAUAAAAUGGCUUGUUUUAAAUACAAAUAAUCUAUGGUUGUGAUGAAGAACUGGUGGAAUGAGAUGAAAGCUCGAUUUUUCUUCGCAUAUACAUUUUUUUUUUAUUUCUAGAAUAUAAUCAGAAAUAUAUACAUAGUACAAUAAGUAAGGCAGAUCUGAAAUUAAAGUGAAAAUGCCAAUGUCUAAAAAAAGAGUAAGACGUCUUGCAUCCACGGCGCUUGCUACAUGAGUGACAGUUUCCUUUGCAAGGGUGGACUGAAAUAUGCAUAUGAUUGCGGAAAAAGAUAUUUCGCCGUUUCUACAUAAAGCAGAUGCAACAACGCGUAAAUUGAAAAAUCAGAAGCUUUUCAAUGGUAAAAAAAAUCAUACAAGUAUCGUACACAAGGCCUCUCUCAUCAAUAAAGGUUUUCUUUUUUCCAAUCGCUCCAACGGACGGUCAAUUACACAGUAAUUAUACCAGUUACUUGAGGUUUUGUAUAGACACAUAGAUACUAGCUACAGUCCGCCCAAAGAAGUAAUAAUAUAAAAAAAGAAUUAAGAAUGUCAUGAGUUCCGACGAUAAGGUAAGACAUCACACUUUUGAUAGUUCCUUUCGCUGCAGACAUUACACUCAACACUGAUCUCCCUGUUUAAAUAAACGAAUCAUCACUAAAUGAUACAUCGCUCGUAGAAAAUAAUAUGCUCACAUAUACUCGAAACCUGACAGUAACAUCACAGCAUCCUGUCUAACUGAAUUAUUAUAUACUAUCAUAUUUUUUCACUCUUAACUAGAGCUUGGAAGGCCCACGCUUGUUUGUUUUGUAACUCUUAUGGCUCUACUACAGUAAAGUCGUACCACGUGGUAAUACCCAAGUUCAAGCACAACAUACAAAGGGAUUUCACAUUCGCUUCCUUUUCUUUCUCUCCUCUAUAUGCCGAAAAAAAAUACGUAGCUUGAUGCAAUCUUUAAGUAACUGUGAUGCUGAUAAUAGAAAAUAAUAAUUAUACUCAGUUCUCAACUUAUAGGCAUAUAAUUCGAAAAAAUAAUAAAAGAGUACAUAUAUCAACAGUACAAAAAGAAUAUGAGAUGAAAGAUGAAUCUAAAGAUGUCUUGAAUUCACAAACAUGAUUCAGGAUUAUGAAGCUGAGCUACAGUGACACUUUAUAGAUGUCUUUAAAAAAAAUAUAAAUACAAUAUUUGCUGAUUGAACAUAGGCCUCCUUAAUGCAUAUUUCGUUUCUAUUUUUCUUGUGACGAUUAAUGGCGCUUUCUCCCCUACACGGAGAAAAAUUUACAAAGAUUUGUCAACGGACACUACACAGUACAUUUUAGUAUCUCUACAUUUUAUACAAAUGUUCCUUUUCUUCUCCAAAGUAACGUUCAAUAUAAUAGGACACAUUUUGUUCGUUUAUAAUAAAUGUAUAGAAUUCAUUAGUAUCUGACAAUAAUUUAUCAAAUCUUAUAAAGUAUAUAUUCGCAUACGAAAUACUCCCUGGAAUAAAAAAAAAACAAAAAAUAACGUGACGCCGGUUACAG